GCUUCUUUCGAACUCCGCUCUGUGGCCCGGCUCGGGAGGGGGAAGUUUGCUCAUAUAAGUAGCAUACAGCUUGUCCGCCAUCAGUUCCUUUCCUCCUCAGUUCUCAUCCGUAUCGUUAUCGACCAACUCUUCCGAGUGUGGCCCGCAAACAACGAUACACUACAAAUUUUACAAGCUUCACAGGAAUUCAAGCCCGUAGCAAUGGCGAAAGGCCCGUCGAACGAGGGCAUUGCGAUGCCAGAUGAUGCGGCCCUGGAGCGUGAACUCCGCAGGAUAAUGCCCAGUGCGGCGGAGAAAGAGACCGAAGGAAACUGGGAAGGCCGUCUAGCCAACUUUGAGCGCCUUACCAACAUUGUUAAGGGGUCGUUCGCUUUGCCGAAGUUUAUUCAGACAAUCAAACGAGUCGUUAAGGAACCUCUGAGUAUUGGCCUUCUGAGUGACCGGACCCGUCUUAGCCGUGCCGCCAUGACAGUGGUAGAAACCAUGGGAACGGUCCUUGGGCGCAACUUCCAAGCGUUGAGCAACGACUUGCUCAAACCUGUUCUGAAGUUGACAGGACGGACCAACAGGAUUUAUGUUAACACAGCGGUGCACACGAUCAAAACCUGCAUUGCUUCGGGCGGUCUGCCUGCACUUGUUGAGGCCCUGGCGGAAAGCGGCAGGGAACCCGCCAGAGGCCAGCGGGAGGCGACUGCGGACUGCUUCGCCUUCCUUAUGGAGCACAAUGAUGCCAGGUCAUUGGCGCCGUACGUCGAUUCCAUCGAGGCAUACAUAAGGACGGCCAUCACUGAUGCAAGCGGCGAAGUGCGGGCAUAUACCCGCAGCUCAUACGAAACCUACAAAUGUAGGUUUCCAGAGCGCGUUGACCUAUUCCACGGCUCUUUAUCGAGCGUAGCCAAAAAGGGAUUGAAAAUCAACUCGUCCUCGCCUUUGUCCACCAAGGCCUCGCCUGCUCGGUCGACCAAGGCGCCACCGGCUAUGAAGCCGCCUGUGCCGUCUACCACAGUGUCUCCCGCUCGGCCGCCCAUCAGAAACCUCGUGGCCGCUGCAGCCGAACAUCCGACGAAGCCAAGCUUUGGACGCGUCAAAGCAGAACAGGAAACAGCGAGCAGGCCCCGACGUGCCGUUCAAGGUCCCUCUACGGAAACCCGGGUCGGAGCUCAAAGGGUGCAAAGGGUGCUGAGAAAGGACGACGAGGACACAGGGAUGAAUCCGAAGAAGCCCGUCGGCGCAAUGCGUGUCCUUGCUCGCCCGCAGACAAAACCGGAGCUAUCACGUGUUCCCAACUCGAAGCCAGCUCUGAAUGGCCGGGCGUCGGCCUCCCGCAUAGCCAAACCGGAACUCAAACCGGAAAUAAACAACCUUAGAUCGAGCGUCAAAUCCUAUGGGUCCAAACCUUCUCUCCCGGGAACGGCGUCAGGAAUCUCUCGAGCAGCACCGUCCCCGCCCCCGCUGUCACCGCCGAGGGCACUACCGUCUCCGCCCGGACAGCUUACUGUGCCCAAGUCACCAUCAAGGCUGCCGAAGCCGCUAUCUCCUUCGAGAUUGCCGCAACCCCGAAUUGUGGGCACUGUGGCCCAACCUCACGUGCACGACAUAUCAUUGGUGCCGUCGUCACCGGAAACUCUACAGAAUGCUACGGCUCCUUCGUACUCCCCUGCAAACGGCAAAUGCCUGGCGCAGCCGUCACCGAAAGUUGUUUCUACCUCUACCUCUCCUUCUUGCGCUUCUCAACACGGAAAAUCCCUGGUGCCGCCGUCAUCGCCAAAGGAACCGUGUACUCCGUCUCUUGACGCUCUGCCGGAUGUAGCCGUGGGGGACGCCCCACGUGUUGCGUCCGCUUGUCCUCCCGUACUACAGGUCCAAGGACAGAUUCCCCGUGCUGCUUCAAUCCCGGGCUGGGAGGCCCCGUUUGUUCAGGUCGAUGCGGAGCACCUACGUGUUGGCAAGAACGCGACUCCAGACUUUUCGGCGGACCUAUCAUUCAAGAAGAUUAAUUUGGAGUCUAUCUUUUCACCGUACAUUGUCGAUAAACCGGGCUGGGUAUGGUCCAUGUUUGUUUGCUUCAUAAGUCCACUCUGUCUCACCACUCACACUCUCGUACGUGGCAUCGCAGCCGGCCCUACCCGUCACCAUGAUGGAGGAAUUACGGGAUCCCAGUUACGACGGGAUGGAUCUAGUGCUCGACAACAUAGCGGUCGGAGCCGGCCAGGAAUGGCUCCCUGACUUGAUAAAGAUGACGGAUGACGCCAUGUUCAGCGACCAGCCUGGGAAUACACCUCUGUUCCACCUGAGAAUCAGCCACAUAAUGUCGUGUCUGUUGGACCAUCAUUUCGAGCUCGUCAUGAACGUCACGCGGAGCCUGCGAGUCAUACCGGGAACGGGCCUCUUUUCCGACAUCAUAGAGUACU